GGGAGGGGAGGGACUACAGCAGGCGACGCUGGGCACUUAGUUGACGGGAACCGCAACCAGAUGUUCACUGCGAUGCGCUAUCGACAGCGACGCUCACUUAGUUGACGGGAACCGCAACCAGAUGUCCACAGCGACGUGCUAUCGGUUGCGACGCUCGUUCAAUGCUGAAGUCAAUCGGGUCAAGGGAGAGACGAAGGAGAUAGAACAAGAUUCGGGUGGGGAGAAUGUUGAAGGGGCAGGGACAAUGGCACAGGAUUCAGCAGCGGGGGAUGACAUUACAACAGAAAAUAGAUUCGAAAGACUGAAGAAUGAGCAGGAGGUUAAUGAGUUCUACGCCACGCAAUAUGGAUGGAAGGCUAGGAUGGACAAGAAUGACAUCACAGUGCAUAAUGCGGGCUACUCUAAGCAGUUCAUCUGGUCGAAGUCCUAUCAGCCACAGGGUCUGAAGAGAGCCGAGCAGAAACGAAGGGCUCAACAACAAGAAGCAGAGCAUUCGGGUUGCAGGGACCAGGAUUUGUCAGAUUCCGCUCAGGUGUUGGGUGUGGAUGAACAGAUAAAGGAGGAAAAGAGGCAGGCAGCGAUCUUGGAGGCACAAGUGGAGGUUCCCAAGGAUCAGAACAGGAAAUUGGAGGAAGACACUAUAAAUCUGAAGAAAAUAGCCUAUGCUCCACAUGCAGACAUCGACGCAACGGCCAAGUUGUACGCAAGACAAGACCCAGGUAAGAGAAUCAUCCUGCCUUACAGAUGGAACAGUGGCAAUGCUGAUUGGGAGGUAGCCAUCCAAAGGUCUCUGACACUAAUUACAGCGAAGGACAGUCAUUGCGAGCAUGACAUAUUGAAGGAACGUAUCACAAAGGAUCUGCCCUGGCAGGCACACGUCAUUGGGGACCUCAACCAUGAUAGGGAAGAAUGGGAAGACACGAAGGGUACAAUGCACAUGCUGGACUACAGGCCAGCCAUGAUCGAGCUACAGGAAAAGGCAGUGCUGGAAGAGGGAUUGAUCUGGAUGCCAUGGCAGGUGGUGGAGACGAUUCCGUAUGGACUGCUGGGAGGUUUGGAGGUGGCAGAAUGGGUGGCAAGGGGAGUGGUCAUAGUGACCAAAGCCGACAUGUUUGCAUGGCAGCCGGACUACAUUGACGGAAAGAUGGACAUUAUGGCUACAACAGUAGAGUGGACUCGGGUUCGAGAGGCAUUGACACCAGCUAUCACUGAAGAAGUUGUGAAUUAUGAGAGAGAUGAGUUCUUGGGUGAUGCUCUUCUGAAAUUCUUUGUCACCAUGCACAUUUUCGUUCAACAUCCAAUGAUGCGGGAAGGAGAAAUGUCAUUCCUGCGGGAGGAGCUUGUUAGCAACAACUCAUUGUUCAAGAAAGCAGCAGUCAAGAACUUGGACCGCUUCAUGAUUUGUGAGAGGCUCAGCCCUGCUUGCUUUAGCGAAUUGUCAGGUGUUCCAUUCAAAGAAAUAUAUCAAAAGCAACGGUUCUGGUGGGAGAAUGAGGAGGCUGUGUUUUCUUCUGUGAAGAACUCUUUAGGUGAUGAUGCUUCUGGCAGUGACAAUGCUGACAGUCUGAUGCCGCAUGACAAGAUUGGUGAUGACGUUAAGCAUGUGGCUACCAUCAGUAUGAUUGACAAGUGGAGGGCUGAAUUAGAACGUGGAGUGCCAAACUCGACGAUCAACCAAGAGGAACUGAAGUCAGGAGGUGCAGUGCCAGACAUCAGUUCGAUGUACAAAGAGGAACCAAACUCAGAAGGGCUAGUGCCACCUGUCAGUGAAAUCAACAGAGAGGGAUCAAGGACAGAAAGUGCAGUGACAAGCAUUGGUACUAUAUCCCCUGUGGAACCAAAGUCAGAAGGCAGAGGGGUAUCCCAAGGCCUCAUCUUGGAGAGAGAGGACGGAAACAUAGGCAUGCCUGCAGAGGAUGAAGCAGACGAAAGAGGCCUCAGGUUACAGGAUGGGAAGAGAUUGAUAAAGUACAAAACCCUGGCUGAUGCAGUUGAGGCAUUGGCAGCAAUGUUUUACCUAACGGGGGGAGAAUCUGCAUGUAAGCAUCUCCUUGAGUGGUUUGGAAUCCCAGCUGGAAUCAGCGAGCAAACAAAGGCAAUUGCGGUGGAAAGGGAGAGUGCAGAGGUUGAAGUUCCUCCCACUUUCAACCUGGCCGAGAUAGAGAACACUCUCACGUACAAGUUCAAGAAUGCAAACUUGUUAGUCAACGCACUGACUCACACUGGACAUGAGCAACGGUGCUAUCAGCGGAUGGAGUUCAUUGGUGAUGCAGUGUUGGAUCUUGUUGUUGCUGAACAUUUGUACAGUAACUACCCGGGAUUCGUCCCAGACAAGCUGACGGCUGCACGAUCUAUGUGUGUCAGGAAACAGAACUUUGCGAGGAUUGCAGUUCAGCGACAACUCUGGAGAUUCCUGAGAACUGACUCCAAAGCACUGCAGGAAGAGAUCCAAACUUAUGUCAAGGAUUUGUGUGCUGAAAUCGACAAGCAACAAGAUUCAUCACUUGCAUCUUUACAGCUCCUGUUAUGGAGCGUACAAGGUCCAAAAGUCCUUGGUGAUAUUGUUGAGGCUAUUGCUGGGGCAAUUCUCAUCGACUCUGGGUUUGACAUGGCACGGGUUAAGCAGCCGUUAGUUCUGACUCCCGAAGAGAUCGCCAUACGACAAGCAGAUGCUCAGGAGGCACAGCUACAGAAAGCUUUAGGGGAGAUAAAGGCAGAGAAACAGAGAAUGAUUAGGAGAAGAGCAAGGAUGCAGUGGAGACAAGCGGACAUUAGUGAGUUAGAGAAGAUGGACCUGGCGAACAUGGAUGCUAAUGUCUACGUUAAGUGCAAGUUGACCUUGCCACACGAGGAAGUGCUUGUGGCUGCCUCCUACCUUGAGGGGAGUGCAGCAAGAUUGUUGAGUGGGCUAGUGCAACUUCAGGGGUACGAUCAUGACUUUCGCGCUCGGGCAGUUAACCAGAAACUGGAAGACUUCCUGAAGUUGGUGGAGGAAAGAUGGCAUGAUCCUCAGGAGGCCCAAAAGGCCACUGAUGCGAUCCUGACUUUGAGCAACAGACCGUUCAAGUCAGUGAGGGACGCCACAGACGCUGUAGAGCGUUUGAUCUGUGUACCUGGAGUGCGCUACGAACCCCAGGUCUUGCUAACCACCUACCUGAGAUGUCUUCCUAUGAAACUCAAGAAUCAGUUGGCGGGCGAGGCAAACAUCAAUGUGCACUACUUUCCCUCGUUUAGCAAGAAGGCCCUAGACCUAGAUGCGAAGAUAGGGCAUGGGCACCAACCCACGACGGAUGGACGGAAGAAGUCACUGCCUCCCAAUUGGAAGGCGAAGGGCCGUAUUAUGUUCGUCGACAACGAUGGCUCCACCAUUGAGUUGGACGACGACUUCCAGGAAGGAGUAGGUUCAGAGGUGGGCAGCGUAGAAACUUCAGGGGGUGGAGUAGUCACUGCCUCAGUCCAAAAAGGCGAGGCGAUCGGUAGAUGUCGUGAAGGCUCCCGGUCUAGGAGUCAAGUUGACCCCAACGCUCCUCCAUGGGAGAAAGCGGGUCUCACAGAGGACGUGUGGAGAGACCGGUACACCAGGCAGACCUGUAUUCGUUGUGGUCAAUAUGGCCAUAACCAGUUCAAGUGCCGCAAGAAGAAGGUGACCGAGAAGAUCCCGCCUACAAUGGGGCAGGCGAUGGGGUCCUCCGCUUCCGUUGGCAGCAAUGUCGCCAACAGUUCUGGCACAACUCCGGGAAACACAGUCCUUAGUCUCCUUCGACAACACCAAAUCAAGAUCAACGGCGAAAAAUGCGAGUUUGGCCGCACCCGUAUCUUGUACUUGGGUCAUGAGAUUUUCGCGGAGGGAUUGAAGCCCGAUGACGCAAAGGUGGCCAGCAUUCGUGACUGGCCGCGUCCUCAGUCUAUGACUGAGAUGAGGUCCUUCUUAGGGAUGACCGACUACUACCACAAUUUUGUCAAGAACUAUAGCAUAGUGGCCGCCCCUUUGACGGACCUGACUCGCCUUGACACCCCAUGGGAGUGGACAGGCGGGUGUGAGGCUGCCUUCAGACAUCUGAAGCAUGCGCUGAUGCACCAUGAGGUCUUGAAGCUUCCUGAUCCUGACAAGCCGUUUAUAGUAACCACGGAUGCUAGCCAAUAUGGCAUAGGCGCCGUGCCCGCACAGCAGGAGGGGCCAAAGUUGAGGCGUGUCGAGUACAUGUCUAAAAAGAUGCCCUCUCAGAAGUUGGCUGCAGAACAGGGUACACAGCUGCAGAUGACCUCCGGGAACCACCCAGAGGCAAACGGGCAAGCAGAGCAGCUGAAUCACGCUGUACAACAUCUGUUGAGGCACUACAUUAAGCCCAACCAGGUGGGCUGGGAUGAGAAACUGGCUGUCAUUGCCACCCUGUACAACAAUGCUGUGCACAACGCAACAGGGGGCACAAGCGGCGAUGAUAGAGUCCGCCGCCCAUCUACAUUCCAAGCAGGGGACAGAGUCUGGGUCAAGUCCUCAGAACUGGGACAAGAGCACGGGAUAUCCCGUAAGCUCAUGCCACAGUACUUCGGACCCUGGGAGGUUCUGGAUAUUGUUGGGGAUGAUCCGGACGGGCCAUCAUAUGUAGUUCGGAUUCCUGGUCACCUUCGCACUUACCCUGUCUUUCACGCCUCCGAGCUUGCACCUUUCGAAGAAACUGAUCAGUUUCCCUCACGACGCUCAAUGCUGCCCCCAACCAUGGAUGGAGAGGUCGACGUCGAUGACAUCGUGGACCACAGAGAAAUGCCAGUUCCAAGACCUUCAGGUAGAGGACGUCCUCCAAAGCGGAAGCUGCAAUACCGCGUUCGGUUCAGACAUCAUACUGAUCCAAAGGAGGAUAGAUGGUUUACUCGUGAGGAACUGAUGCAGACCGCCCCACAGGUUGUCGCCCACUACGAGAAGUUGCUGCAGAAAGGAAAGCGCCAGAUUGACUAAUGGAACUUCUCAAAGGACUGUCGAAGUAUGGAGGAGGGAAUGCGAGGCUCAAGGCCUCGAUAAGCCCUACUGGGCCCUCUUUUCAG